AUGGACUCGCCAUUGACAAGGAUGAAGAACAAAAUUAUAAAAAUGAAGAGAGCUAAAAAGAACUAUGUGCAAGUAUACAUGCAGUUGGUACAAAGUCCUUUUCGAAAAACUUUGAAACAUUCUCGAUCUCGUAAAAGCUUACGAGAGGCUUUUAUUAACAGAUCAAAAGCUUUCAAUCAUCCAUUGGUCACACAAAUGGUAAGAGAAGCUAAAGCUAUGUCAACACUCAAAAAUCAAGUACUGGAGCCAAAGAUAAGCGACUCAAUGCAAGAUGUAGUUUUUCAAACUUUUGGUAGGACUCGCUCGCAGACUAGUAGACACGCAUUACUUCCUGGUUUAAAAUAUAGUGGUCGAGAAGCUGUUUCUGUACAAGAGGCUAUUUUUGAAUGUUCCAGAUAUAACAACCUAACAGCUGACUGUGCCGAAGAUGUCUCCGAUUAUAUAAGUUUAUGUAAACGAGGGCAAAAGAUUGAGAAUUUAUCCAGAAAAUUAAAACACCUCCCAUCUGGAAUUCCAGAAUACCGUACGGGCUUUGAAUUCAAGCCAACUCCCCCUCCGAGUAAAACACCAGAUAUUAACUUUCUACAGGAGAAAGUGGAUGAGGAAUGGCAUUACUAUUUAGCGGAACAGUUGACUUAA